AAAUUCAAGCUAGACGGACGCGUGCUGCGGCCGGAGUCCUUCACUCUGCCGCCGCCGAGGUCAGCUGGAGGAGCCGGCGAACCACCGGCGAACACCGGAGCACACAACCCCGGAGGAAACCUCCAGACUCCCCGGUGAGGACAUCGAUGCUCUCCGAUCGACACGUUCAGAUAAAACUCCAGCAGGAUGGUGAAGUGAAUGACAGACUUGCCAAGACAUGGAUAGACCGCCACAAUGACACAUGAGACCCUCACAUGCUCCCAGCUGUCUGUCAAGGCCGCUGCCCUGCGCAUGGUUAACCUGCCGAUGUCCGUUUGCAGCUCCCUGGCACAGGUGAGUGUCAGCACAGGAACUAAGAAGCUGGUGGCAGCCACUGCAUUUGGUGCCUUCUCGCUCCUCUUCCUCGCACGACGCUUCCAGAGGAGGAAGGGUAGAAAGAAGGCUCUCUCGCCUGAGUGGGAGCGAGCUGGGUUUGAGUUCUUCUCCCCAGCGUUGGCAGAGAACGAUAACACCAGUCAGAACAUCACCCUCUCCCUCAACUCCAAGAAUGGCUACUCCUCUGGUCUGGUCCUCACCACAGGAGAUUACCGGAAGCUGUCCGGGUCUCUGCUCAGUUUGGCCUCGGUAAAAAGCAUGAACUCGUCGAGCAGCAGCACCUGUGCAAACGAAUCCAUCUGCUGGGACAGAGUGGGGGAAGCUGACAUCUGCAGUGUCGUCAACUUACCAGUCACCACACCUGAAAACCUGUACCUUAUGGGUAUGGAUCUGUUUGAAGAGGCUCUGGGGCGGUGGGAGGAAGCGUUGACAUUCAGGACCAGGCAGGCCGAGGACGACGAGAGUUGCGCUUCGGUGAAAACGGGGGCUGGAGACGCCAUCGCUGAGCAGGGCAUGGAGGACGUCAUCAGUGCGGAGUUCAUCCACCGGCUGAAGUCUCUGCUGCAGAGAGCCUACCACCUCCAGGAGGAGUUUGAGGGAGUGUUGGGAAUGUCAGAGUCUUCAUCCCACAGCAACAGCCAGGAUAAAAUGACAGACAUUUUGGGCCGAGACGAGCUGGACGACGUGUUUCUCAGAGACAGUAUGAGCAUCGCCUCCACAGACUCAUUCGUCUCUGCUGCGGAGCUGACGGAGCACAGGGAGCUGAGGAGCGUCUUCGCUCUGGGCCACCACUCGUUCUACGACGAGGCUCUGGAGAUGGCUGAGGACGGAAAGAUUUCCUGCAGAGUGCUGCGGACUGAGAUGCUGGAGUGUCUUGGGGACAUAGACUUCUUGGCCAAGUUGCACUGUGUGCGGCAGGCGUGUCAGCUCAUUUUGUGUGAGAGAAAGACCAGGAUGUUUCUGACCGACACAGGAAAGAAGAUCCUGUCGUCCAUUAUUGUAAAAGCACAGAAGAGCCCAAGGAGAUUUGAAGAAGUAUUCGAAGAGAUGAUUUGCUUCCUCGAGCAAACGGAGCACUGGGAAAACACCGAGGUGGAGCUGGCCACACGAGGAGUGAAGCAUUUGAACUUCUACGAUAUCGUGCUGGACUUCAUCCUGAUGGAUUCCUUUGAGGACCUGGAGAAUCCACCGGUCUCUAUCCAGAACGUCAUCAACAACCGCUGGCUCAACAGCUCCUUCAAGGAAACCGCGGUGGCAUCAAGCUGUUGGUCAGUGCUGAAGCAGAAGAGGCAGCACAUGAAGGUGCCGGACGGGUUCAUCGCUCAUUUCUACGCAGUGUGUGAACAGAUCAGCCCCGUCCUGGCCUGGGGCUUCCUGGGACCCAAGAGCUCCCUGCACGACUUCUGCUUUUUCUUCAAGGACCAGGUGCUGCACUUCCUGAAGGACAUUUUUGACCUGGACAACGUGCGUUACUCCUCCGUGGAGAGUCUGGCAGAGGACAUGCUCCACCUGCUGCACCGCCGCUCCGAGCUGCUGCUCGCCUACCUGGGUGCUGACUCGCUGCGGCACGUCAACGGCUGCAGCUCCCCGCAGGUGCAGCUGCUGCCCGGCGCCCUGCUGGAGGCGGGAGUUCAGUGAGAGACGGGAAAUAUCACCGCAUUUAUUUACACCACCAGUCGGACCACAGAAACCUGUCGGAGAAGAAGCAAACACAUGGGAGGGUCAGAGCCCAACAGUCUCUUGACUUUACCCUCUGACGUGACGUGACCUCCACCCAUCUGGUCCAUACAUCUGGUGAAACUAAAUAUCUACUGUAGAAUUUAACGUUAAACACAUUUCCCAUCAUACCUUGUGCUCUCAUCGCUCUGUAUCUGAGGAUCUUCAUAAACUGAACCAGCUGUCUGCCUUCACACAUGAUCAUUAACUCCAGCGCGGCCUCUGUCCUCUCCAUCAGUUCCCACUUAUUUCACAGCAAUAAUACUUAGAAUUGAAACUCGGCAUUGGUUCUCCAGCAGUAGAUAUUUAGGUGUAUUUGCUGCUAUUAAGAGCAAUUUAUGUGAAGAAAAUAAAGGUAUUUAUUUUAUUAAACAGCUAAAUGACGCAGGGUUUAUUUUUUAGGAAUUGUAGUCGUGCCUGUACGCGUCGAUGGAUCAGCUUCAAACAUACAGUGGUUUGAGUAGCACAGCUGUAAACUGAACUUCAUAAGAUAUUUAUUAGAUGUAUUUCCACAUCCUACUGAACAUCAUGAGAAGCUAUUAAAUGCACUUUGCGUUUUUGUAACAAGCACACGCUGCCCAGAGAAAUUACUUAUAAAGGGAAACAGUUUGAGUGUGGACCGGAGAACCUGCAGCCACAGACCAUGAUCCAUCAGCUACAGGAAAUUAAACAUCACUGUUUCAUAACCGUCCGGCUGUUUAUCAGCCUGUGCCCCUCCGCUCUUCACGACGGGCAAAGACACAAGAAGCCUUACUGUCGAUGCACAUAUUCAAGCCUUCAUCCAUCACUGAAUGUCCGUCUGAAGUUUAUUUUCCACUAACGUCCGCUCUGCUGUUCACUCACUGCCAUGUACAGAACAUGCACCACACGACGGCUUGGAGCAGUGGAGUCACUGCAGGACUACAUGUGUCUAUUCUGAAACAGUGUGAAUCACGAGGUGAAGGACGACCCUCGUGUGACCGACACGGUCGGCUGUCAUCAGCCCUUUCUGCGGGAUUUUCCUCUGACAAGAUGAACCUGUCUUUAACAACACUCACACACUGACAGUGAGUGAUCACUGAAACCAUUUCUUUCUAAAUUACCUAACAGCCUCUGUCAAAAAAAUUAUAUUAAUCACGCGAGGCUCAAAAAAUCUUAAGACAAACAAAUUGAUUUUCUUCCAAAGUCGAGUCUUUUCACUUCAGAAUUGUUUCUAUGGACCGAGGUGAAAUCAUCCUUCACUUAUCACAAUUGUGUUUCAGCUUUUCUCAAAAAAAAAAACCUGCACAACAAAUUCUCCAUAGAACUUCCUCUCAUUGAUGUGGGACAUCUUUUUGACUUUCUCUCAGAAGCAGCAGCUCAGAGGAAACACCACAAGGCUUCACUUUGGAAGAGACUCGCUUGUUUAGUUAACUUCUAGGUGCAUUUCUGAAAAGAUUGAAUUGAUCCCCGUGUUUAAUUUGAGUCACAUGUGAGCGUGGUUUAAGACGGGCCGUCCUUCAUUUCGUCAGGAAAUCAUGUGACACAUUUGUGACCUCACCUUGUAUCGACAACACUAAUAAAUAUGUUCUGUGUUAAA